AGGGCCGGGAGACCUUGUCAAAGCACAAAGAGAUUAAUAUUUAUCCAGAAUUUAUUUUUUCUUGUCGCGUCCGCUCACUGUGCGCCGCGUAAACAGUGGCUCGCUGGAACUGGCCAGGCAAUGGAAGUGUAUCCGAGUGCGUAUCGCCAACCAUUAACGUCCCAGUGUUAAAUUAUAAUUCAAAACAGCCAUGGAAAUCGUAGGCGUCGAAGAAUGCCAACCGGACCCGUCGGUCACGACGAGAAAGAGAAGUUUGUGGGCUAAAAUUAACAAUAGGACAACAUACAGCUACUUGUUCAACAUAGUGAUUUCGAUAUUGUUGUUAACGUGUUUAGUGUUAAUACUGUAUUUCUUUAAGGAAUAUUUGUACGCGAUAUUAGUCUGGGUGGACGAGCAGGACCCUUGGAUAAUUUUUCUGUUGUUUAUGGGGUUGUUCUUGAUAGUGAGUUUCCCAGUGACUAUCGGGUACUUGGUGUUGAUAAUAACGAGCGGGUACCUGUUCGGGAUCCUGAAGGGUCUGGGCACGGUGCUGGUGAGUGCGAACUUCGGGGUCGCGGUGGCGCACUUCACGCUGAAGGCGCUGCGCGGGUUCCUGCCGCUGGACCGGCUGCUGAAGAACGAGACGGCGCGCGCGCUGCUCAAGGUCAUCUCGGGCCCGCAGGCCUUCAAGAUCGUGUUCUUCGCGCGCCUCACGCCCAUACCCUUUGGGCUGCAGAACACUAUAUUUGCUGUGAGUGACAUCCGCGGCUGCGGCUACCACCUGGCGACCAUGCUGGGGCUGUUCCCCGCGCAGCUGAUCAACGUGUACCUCGGCUCCACGCUGCGGUCCAUGCACGACGUGCUGCACGAGUCGCACGCCACGGGUUACGUGGUGUUCGCGUGCCAGGUGUGUAUGUAGCGGGGCUGCUCCCCGCCCAGCUGGUCAACGUGUACCUCGGCUCCACGCUGCGGUCCAUGCGCGACGUGCUGCACGAGUCGCACGCCACGGGCUACGUGGUGUUCGCGUGCCAGGUGUGUAUGUAGCGAGGCUGCUCCCCGCGCAGCUGGUCAACGUGUACCUCGGCUCCACGCUGCGGUCCAUGCACGACGUGCUGCACGAGUCGCACGCCACGGGUUACGUGGUGUUCGCGUGCCAGGUGUGUAUGUAGCGGGGCUGCUCCCCGCCCAGCUGGUCAACGUGUACCUCGGCUCCACGCUGCGGUCCAUGCGCGACGUGCUGCACGAGUCGCACGCCACGGGCUACGUGGUGUUCGCGUGCCA